AUAUACAGAGUGAUACAAAUGUCAGAAUACACAAGCAAAGACACCAGUUUAUUGUGCAAUUACAUACAUAUAAAUCACUAAUUAUAAUCUGUAUAAAUGUAAUUUAAUUAAAUUUACAAAAAAGAGCAUUUCUUCCAACCCUGGCAAAACCUGAAAAUGAGUAAGUUAAUUUACCACGAGUGUUUGUGUGACUAGUUUUGAAUCACCCCGUAUAGUUAUUCUCCAACUUUCUCCAUUAGCCUGCGAACGACCAGCAAUACAUCGUUCAGCAUAAGGUGAAAGAUACAAAAGCCAAUUUCAAAGCAAUGAUUGUCUUCGUUGUGAUUUUCUUGUCAAUUCUUUGUUCAGAAAUAUUUGAAAUCUCCGAAUCAAACGGAUCAUCAGCUCGUCGCUUCGAAACAUUGUUCGAGAAGGUCCAAAGCAUCAAUGUUUUUAAAACGAAAAUACUCGAAAGUUAUCACGAAUGGGAUAGACGAUCGGCCGAAACGAUAGGUAUAAUAAAACAGAUAGAAAAUUCAUUAAAAAUUUUAGAAGCAACAUAUAUUGGUAUGAUAAUAGGAGUAAUAAGUGCCAUCGCUGGAUACAUCUGUUCGAUCUUUGCCAUGAUUUUUUCUAACUACAAAGCUGUAUCUGACACUUUGAAGAGUGUAGGAGACAGUUUGAUAGACGCAGGGGAUAUAACUUUCGCAGGCUCUGCUAUUGUUAAUAGCGUGUUUACAGAGAAGGACUACAAGAAAGCCGAAACCACUUUGAAUACAUUAAUGAGACUUACGCAAGAACUGGAAGACGAAAGAAAGAAAUAUUUCAGAUUGGUGAAAGAGUUUGAAACUAUACUGGAUGGGCUAAACGAAAAUGAGCUGAAGGUCCUUCGUAUUUAUUUAGAAAAAAAUGAGCUCGGUAAUGUGAUGAACGACGUCGAUUUAGAUCCCUCCGUUGUGGACAAUAUUCCUCCCAACAUGCGAGAAAUGGAUCGCUUAAAGAUAAAUGAGGAUGUAAUUAAUAAAAAAUUAUUCGAAUUUAAUCUAAUUCGAAUCAUUUCGGAAGAAAUUAAGAAGGAUCCUGUAAUGGAACAUAUACUGCACAUUAUUUAUGAACGUGAGAAUGGUCAAAAUGCCUUCAACACUCUCCAAACUAUUCCCAGCUUCAAAUUCAUUGUGAAUGGCGUUGAUUUAUUUGGCAACAAACUUCACGAUUUAAAGUAUUCACCGUUUCUCGAUGGUAUGUCUAAUGUUUUUUCUCUACUUGAAAAGACCUUGACUCUGACUCAUCUCAUUGCCAAACAGGAGGAAGUCAGUGCUCAAUGUGAAGAAAUUGGGCGCAUUGCUAAACAAUUAGAAGAAUAUAAAUGGGAUAUGAAGGAUAUUUUUAGGAUGACUUUAAAGUGGGAUUGCUUUCACGAGAAUUAACGUUGUAUUGAGAAUGGAAAACGCUACUAUCUUGUGUUGUUUUGGAUCACGAUGGGCUAUGAACCAUGAAACAAUUCACUCGGUGCUAAAGUUAUGACUUGACCAGUGCUUAUGUUUUGCAGCCUAUCACAAGUUAAGCCAGAUUUACAAUUUUGGCAGUGGAAUUGAAAGAAAUCGGUUCAAUGAGUUCGUGUCAAAUCGUGUACAGAAAUUGCAGAGGAUUUUAUAUCUGUAAGCCUUUCACUGAAUCAUAAGCAGCAUACUCUUCAAUUACAUCGAUCUCCGAACCGUCAAUAGGAGACGUGCUGAAAAGUCAGUUAACAAAAAUGUACAUGAAUUACCAUAUUUUUUUUUUAAUUCGACAUUUAGUUGCUUUCAGUAAUUAUCAGUUUUCAAAAUACCUUAUAAAUAGGAUAUAUCAUGGUUAACUGAUUUCUGGGCCAGCCGAUAUAACCUUAACCAGAAUUUAUGAAUUUUUUGCAAUUAAAAUUGUUUUAUAAUUCAGAAUCAAAGAUCCAACUGAAUAAUGAAGUUAUGAGUAGAUUUUAAUUUUUAAUAAAUUAAAGCCUAUUUUAUUUGUUUGGAAAUGUCAUUUUGUAAUUAAUUAAUUAAU